ACCCGGGGCUCUGCGCCUUCGAUGGCCUUGUGUUUACGUCGUGAAAAAAGCAAAGUUAGACUCGCCAGGACGAACAGCAGUGGAAUGAAUGGCAUCAUUACGGCGUACGUCCACAAAGGACCAACUGACCACCCUCCCCUUUGCACCGGCCGGGACUCUCGUUCAUGAGAAUUAAAGCAGAGGGGGACGCGUGUGGGAGUUGGGCGUGUCGUGGUCAAAGGGCGGUCUGGUCGCAACUAGCCACCUCAUCCGAGCCAUCAUUGCCCCAAAAACAUCCGACGGACUUGCGGUCGCGCCAUUGGACAUGGCUUUUGUCCAUAUACGUGGACGUGCUCGUGGCGCAACUUGAACCCACCCUGGCUAACGCUACUGGAUCCCUGCCGCCGUUGAUUGGCACAGCGGAUCCGGAUGAUCGCUACCUCGACCCACCAAUUGAAGAACCGUCUGAAUUUAGAAGCCUCACUUUCUCUAUUGAGAGCAAAAUAAAUCAGCAUCGACAUUUCUCGGUCGGUGUUUCAGGAGUCCAUUCCAUCUGAUGAAGUGUAAGCCACCUCCAAGAUGGCGACGCUUGUGUAACAUGUGUCCCAACAUAUUGGAUGGUUAUUUGCCCUGCCAGAAC